CUGAGAUCUCCUUCAGUGGUAUCCAUUUCAAUCAGACGAUGGAGCCCAACAUCGAAGGUAAAGCUAUCUUCCAGAUGACAGGAGAGUACUACAACCGCAGCCUGUCUGGCUGGGAGCCCUUCCUGGAGACAUGGAGGUGCUUUGCUGAGUGGAAACAGUUUAAGGAACCAGAAGAAAAGAUGUCAUUUCAGAUUUCAACCAAUGAGGUGUUGAACGUGAACCUGACCAGCACUCUCCUGGAACAGUACCACCUGACGAAGGGCAGCUGGACAGAGGACUACCUGAAGGACAACAGAGACAGCUUGAAAUCCCAAGUCAAGUAUUCUGUCAGUCCCAGUUCACUACCGUCCUCCAAACUACUCCGUCGUCGCCUCCCGUUCAUCCCCUACACCAUCCGCAACGACACCGGCUGUGACCUGUGGUACAUCACCGCCAUCUCCUCUCCAUCAAAUGAACCGAAAGAAGGUAUGAAUGACACAGGUAACGUCCAGUCAUAUGACAACGCCUACAUUCAGGCCUCCGAUUGGAAGCGGGUUACAACUGGAGAGUCCAAACCAUUCUACUUCCACCGCAGAGAAAAACUCAGACACAAGAAAACCCACGGAAUGCACAUCAACCAGCUGUUGGUAACGGUGGCUGGCUGGCAACGCCUCUCCCCCAUCACUGUGGACAAGGUGGGCGUGUACUUCCGGUACACAGAGCCUGACAAGAAGACUCCUACAGCCAACACACUUCACCCAGCAUGUAUUGUGAUCGAAGUGAAACAGGACGGCAGUGCCAGGAAGCUGAUCGUGGUGCGGUCCUCCCUGGUUGUGGUCAAUCAGCUGGACUGUCCACUGCAGGUCAGGAUGACCAGCACAGACGAGACAGGCUCCUCCACCAUGACCCUGCAGCGGAAUGUCCCCACCCCCGUGCCUUUGCCGAAGGUGUACUACACACUGAAGGCUCGGCCGGCUGAGUGGCCGGUAGAAUACUGUGACCGUCCUCUACACUGGCGACAAGUAAACAAGGCCGGGGAGGCCAGUGACGGCAUCCGAGAGUGUAAGAGCAACGAUGGAGGAGGAAAUGUACAGCAGAUACUAGUGUUCUGUGUGUCAGUGCGGAGAGAGCUCUACCCUGAAGUGGUCACCCUGGAGGAUGGUAGCACCUCCACCCACUGCCUGCCUGGCCACACCAUCACUCUGGUGCCCCCUCUUACCAUCACCAACCUGCUGCCCCUCGAGAUGCACUACUACCUGAAGAAGACCGACAUCUCUGGCAACCUCAAGCCGGGCAAGUCAGCAGCACUGCAUGGGGCUGACCUGGCGCCACGACCUACUGCUGGGUGUCAACGUGGAGAACCUCCCCAGUGCAAGGAACUGACCAUCCCCCCAAGCACCACCAAGUACAGAGUGAAGCUGCGUGUCUAUGAUGACAAGAAGCUUACUGCUGGAGCUCAUCCUCAGGAUCAAUACUGA